CGUCCACAAUUACUCGAGUAGAAUUUGCGCUUUGGCUUUGAAUUUUUCGAGAUUAGUUUAUUUUUUAUUGAAAAUCACAAAAAUGACGACUGCAUUUUACUUUGUAUAUUGCUUCGCUAUUUUCAAUAGCAAACUGGUAUUUUCGAAUGCAGUACCAAUAAUGGGAUACCGCGUGCAGAGAGCCGAACCCCGCGAGUUCGAUUUCGUAGUCUCGAUCAGUACAAAAUCCGAGCCAGGCGAUUACGAAGAAGACCAUCACGUGUGCGGAGGAGCGUUAAUAACUACGAUGCAUGUACUAACAGCAGCGCAUUGCAAAUGUGAACGACCUAACACCGUUGAUGAUUACACUGUUAAAGUAGGUCAUGAUUUACGAAAUUGGGAAGCCAAUUUCAGUAUUGCGUCAUGGCAAAACUUCAAAAAGUGUUGUUGUGCUUUGCUCAAACGACAAAAUACGUGCUAUGACAUAGCUGUAGUUACGCUAACGGAAGACAUACGGGCGAAAAUAGCCAGACAAGUAGGAUUAGCAUUGCUAAACUAUUCACCGAUAGAAUAUCUAUACAACAAAAGUGUGACAGCUACUGGCUGGGGCGAAAAGCUUAAUGUGGAACACCCACGAUAUUUGCAAAAAGCAGCGAUGAGAACAAUAACUAGGGAAGAGUGCCAGAGGAAUAUCGACAACGCUCCAAAAGUUCCAGGAUUGGAUGGAAAUUUACGGACAAGACAUAUUCUGGAAGACGAUAUCAUUUGUAGUAAUGGUAAUCCAGUACCGGGAGAUGCACCCUACAUAACACUCGGAAACGGUGACAGCGGUGGUCCUCUUAUCAUCGAGAAUAAUCAAAUAAUGGCUAUUAAUCAAGGUAGUAUACCAGUGGAAGGUCCUCCUUAUAGAGCAUACGAGCAAUCAUUGCACGUUGUUUUUUCGCCUUAUCGAAAAUUCAUUGAAGAUCAAUUGAAAGGGACAGAAGGACAACGAGAAAUGUUUGGAUGUUUUGGAACAAGUUCAUUUUUACGUCUUUAAAAAGUUAUUAUAAAUGUACAUUUCUAUAAGUUAAGCUCGAAUACUUACAAGGAGCCAACAUUUUUAUCAGCAAGUGAAAAAAAAACCAAAAAAGUAAAUAAUUUGUUUAACUAUUAGAAAUGAUUUGGCUUUUAAUGUUAUGACAUCCUGUAGUAUAGAAGCAGAAUUUGAAGCCGAUAAGUAACGGGUAAUAAAAUGCAUUUAUCGCGUUGGUAAAUUA